CUAUUAAUUCAAUGUCCCGUGGUUGAAACUUGAAACAAGCGGAUUGAUAACAAAUUGCAAUCUCAUUGCCAAUUUUGUAACCAAAAAAAUGAAAUCUCACUAAUUAAAGAUGGAGCACUCAAAUGCACCUCACAUAUUGGUUUUACCUUUUCCAGCAGAAGGCCACAUCAAACCUAUGUUUAACCUAGCCAAACUUCUUUCCCUUAAAGGACACAAAAUCACCUUUGUCAACACACAUCACAACCACAAUCGUCUCAUCCAAUUUACAGACUUACCCUCAUUCCACACCCAAUUCCCCGGUUUCCACUUUGCGUCCAUCACCGAUGGCGUGCCCGACAACCUUCCUCAGAACGAGUUCGAACACAUGAUCUCUCCGACCAGCAGGUCCGAGGUUGCCGGAGAGUUCCGAGGUUUAUUGUCGAGGCUUGUUGUCGAGAAACCUCGUCAGUGGGACCCACCUCCUUCUUGUGUAAUAAUAGCUGAUGGGUUGAUGUCAACGGUUUCUAUGGACGUUGCUAAAGAGUUCGGGGUUCCGCUGAUCGCUUUUAGAACCUACAGUGCCACGGCCACGUGGGUCUCAAUUCACGUUAGCAAAAUUGUUCAGGAGGGAGUCAUGGAUCUGCAAAAUCCGGAAGAUAUGGAUAAAGUGCUCAGGAGCAUCCCAGGAUUGGAGAAUCUAUUGAGAGAAUGUGAUCUUCCAUCUAUUUUAAAAUUGAAGCCUGGAAGUCUUUACAUUGAUUUCUACAUCAAAGAAACCUUGACCAUGACUCAAGCUUCUGGUCUUAUAGUCAAUACCUUUGACCAGCUAGAAGCCUCCAUUAUCACUAAGCUAACUACUAUAUUCCCCAAGGUAUACACCAUUGGUCCUCUCCACACUCUCACCAAGACCCAAUUCAUCACAAACAAUAGUUCAUCAUCCCUUCAUUUGAGAAAAGAAGACAAAAGUUGCAUAACUUGGCUUGACCAACAAAAGGCAAGGUCAGUUUUAUAUGUUAGUUUUGGCACCUUGGCAAAGGUGUCACAUGAGCAACUAGUAGAGAUUUGGCAUGGUUUGGUGGGUAGUUUGAAGCCUUUCUUGUGGGUUAUUAGACAAGGGCUUAUCAUUGGAGAAGGUGGUUUGGGACAUAAUGUGCCUAUGGAGCUUGAAUUGAAGACCAAAGAAAGAGGGCUCAUGGUGAAUUGGGCCCCUCAAGAAGAGGUUCUGGCCCACCCUUCAGUGGGUGGAUUUUUUACUCAUAGUGGUUGGAAUUCCACAUUGGAAUGUAUUACUGAAGGCGUGCCUAUGCUUUGUUGGCCACUGAUAGCUGAUCAAACGGUUAAUAGUAGGUGUGUGAGUGAGCAAUGGGGGAUUGGGCUUGAUAUGAAUGGAAUAUGUGAUAGGCUAAUUGUGGAGAAGAUGGUGAAGAAUUUGAUGGAGAAUCAAAUAGAAAGACUCACAAGCUCUACAAAUGAGAUUGCAGAAAAAGCUCAUGAUAGUGUUAACGAAAAUGGUUCAUCUUUUCAUAAUAUAGAGAAUUUAAUCAAAGACAUAGGGACGAUGAAGGUAAGGAAAUAAUUCUGAGUAAAACACAUUUUUUAGAUGAACAAUGAUGGCAUUUUUAUUUUCGUAAUGUAAAUAUUGCUAUGUAAUAAUUUUUAAAUUU